GAUCACAUGAUCAGUCAGACGGCGUACACACUUGGAGGCAGUUGCAAGCCGCUACGGUGUUCUACGCGGUCUGUCGUGAGAAUAGUGUGGUCAAAUUUUGGCUUUGAACAAUACUGAAAGUUUUUGCAGCUUUUUUGGUAACUCUUUUGUAAUAUCAGCAUUCUAAACGUACUGCAACUGGAUUUCGUGUACACCUUGGUGAGUCUAAAGUCUGAUUAGGCUAAAGUCUGAUUAAGUGUGUUUUGUCCUCAAUUCCAUCGAGGUUAACUACGUAAAGUUGUGCUGCGUCUUAUUAUUAUUAGUGUUUUUAACAACGGCAAAAUGAAACUGAUUAUCCUCAAUGACUACGACGCAUCAAGUGAGUGGGCUGCAAAGUACAUCAGAAAUAAGAUUUUACUUUUCAAACCUGGACCCGACCGUUUUUUCACUCUUGGUCUUCCGACUGGAAGCACUCCUUUAGGGUGUUACAAGAAACUGAUUGAGUAUUACAAGAAAGGGGAAAUCUCUUUCCAGUAUGUCAAGACGUUCAACAUGGAUGAAUAUGUGGGACUACCCAGAGAUCACCCUGAGAGCUACCAUUCCUUCAUGUGGAAUAACUUCUUCAAGCACAUCGACAUACGAGCCGAGAAUACGCACAUCCUUGACGGCAAUGCUGCAGAUUUGCAAGCAGAGUGUGACGCUUUUGAGGACAAAAUAACAGCGGCUGGGGGCAUUGAACUGUUUGUUGGAGGAAUCGGGCCGGAUGGCCACAUUGCCUUUAACGAGCCUGGGUCAAGCCUGGUGUCUCGGACCAGGGUGAAGACUUUGGCAAGGGACACCAUUGUGGCCAAUGCUCGAUUCUUUGAUGGAGACCUCAGCAAAGUGCCCACCAUGGCACUGACUGUUGGAGUGGGCACCGUCAUGGAUGCCAAGGAGGUGAUGAUUCUCAUCACUGGAGCUCACAAGGCCUUUGCUUUGUACAAAGCCAUAGAAGACGGUGUGAACCACAUGUGGACCGUGUCUGCAUUCCAGCAGCACCCACAAACUGUUUUUGUGUGUGACGAAGACGCCACUCUGGAACUGCGGGUUAAAACUGUGAAAUAUUUUAAAGGGAUGAUGCAUGUGCACAACAAGCUGGUAGAGUUUCCGGAUUUAGAGCCCAAGAAAUGAAGACGCUUCGUACAUUUUUUUUUUUGAUUACACGUUUUUUUUAAUGCAAACAUUCCAAUAAUCCAUUUAUAUUUUGGCAGUGAAAUAUUGAUUAUGAAACAAAUCUUCGGUUGUACUGCUCUUUCACAUUUAUAAUAAAAAUCAUUGACAGAUGAA